AUGCCACAGGGCAACUGGCUGAGAUUUAAAAAUGAGCAAAAUUCGUUAUAUAUUCCUUUUGUUGUGUAUGCCGAUUUUGAGUGUAUUUCAAAGCCAACUGAGUCCUGUCAACCUACCUCAGAAGCAUCAUACAGUGAAGUAUACCAAAAACAUGAACCUUACAACUUCUGUUACUACAUCUGCGAAGCACAUGGAUUUUAUAAGCCGCCUGUAGUGUACAGGGGCCCAAAUGCAGAAAAUGUAUUUAUAAAAAAAAUCAUGAAAGAGGCAGAAGACAUAUAUGAGAUAUAUCAGAAGCCAAAACCCAUGAGUGCUUUAAGCGAAGAGCAAAUACGCAAAUAUGAGCAUGCAGCCAUUUGCUAUUUGUGUGGUGAUGAAUUUACGGUUGCAAACUGGAAAGUACAUGAUCACUGCCAUUUGACUGGAGCCUACAGAGGACCUGCACAUAAUCAGUGCAAUAUAAAGCUCAAAGUGCCGCACUUUUUACCUGUGAUAUUUCACAACUUGUCAGGAUACGAUGCGCAUCUUUUUAUUAAAGAGUUAGCCAUUGAUGACAGAAAUCUGAAUGUCAUUGCUGAAAAUACAGAAAAAUAUAUUUCAUUUAGCAAGAAGGUGAAGGGACGAUUCAGUGUCCGAUUUUUGGAUUCCUUCCGCUUUAUGGCUAGCAGCAUCGAAAAAUUAUCGGGAAACCUAACGCCUGAACAGUUCGUUCAUAUUAAUUCUUCAUUUUCAAAGAGCCAAGCUGCAUUGCUUUUACGGAAAGGAGUUUUCCCAUAUGAUUACAUAAGUGAUAUUAAUAAAUUAGAGGAAACGUGCCUUCCAGCUAAAGAGGCUUUUUAUAGCCAUUUAAAUGAAGAAAGUAUCUCAGGAACGGAAUAUGAACACGCAAAAAAUGUAUGGAAUGAAUUUAAUAUUCAGACUCUUGGGGAGUAUUCGGACUUGUAUGUAGAAAUAGAUUUUUUAUUGUUGACGGAUAUUUUUGAAAAUUUCCGAGAAGUUUGUAUGGAAACAUAUCAUUUAGAUCCAGCAUGGUACUACACUAGCCCGGGACUUUCUUGGGAUGCAAUGCUGAAAGUUACAAAAACUGAAAUUGAACUUCUAACGGAUUAUGAUAUGUUUCUAAUGGUUGAAAAAGGAAUUAGAGGAGGCAUAUCUCAGUGCUCUAACAGGUAUGCUGUUGCAAACAACAAAUAUAUGUUUGAAUAUGAUGCAGCUUUGCCGUCCAAAUACCUUCUAUAUUUAGACGCAAAUAAUUUGUAUGGUUUGAGCUAUGAGCCAACCUUUGCCACUCCAAAAUUUCAAGUGGGUCGAAUCUCACAAUACAAUAUUGAUAUCACUAAAGUACCCAGUAAUAGUUCUAUUGGGUAUAUAAUUGAAGUAGAUUUAGAAUAUCCGGAACAACUGCACAAUAUUCAUUCGGAUUUGCCUUUAACAUCAGAAACCCGUGCUCCUCCCGGAUGCAAAGAAAACAGAUUUUUAACAACUUUGAACAACAAAACGAAAUAUGUGAAUCAUGAACUUUUCUCUGUGAAAAUGAACAAGCUUGCACUUUCACCAUAUGAUAAAAAGAGAUAUAUAUUGGAUAACAGAAUAAAUGCACUGACAUUUGGACAUUAUAAAAUUAGUUACUACGGUCCAAUUUUGAUGUGCUGUGCACCACAUUAA